CGAGCAAGAAGCAACAGGAGCAAGCAAAGAUGUUCUUGGGAAGUGGUGUGUGUUACGAGUGUGUGGUAUAUGAGAGGGUUGUAGAGAAAGAAGAAGAUGCAGCGAGCGGGCACUUCCCCUUUGGGGCAUCGAGCAUACUUUCGUUUUCUUGAUUCCUCUUCGCGUAUUCUUGUAAGAAGACUAGUUCCAGUUUUUGUUUCAUUAUUCUUUGCUCUGGUCGAGCCCACCAUCUUAGAUGCUAGCUAUGCAGGUGCUCCCCACUGUCACGUCGAAAUGAAGUCUAGAAGACAGACAGCAUUGUUAGAAAGGCGUCCUUUGAUUAUCUUCACUCUCAAUGUCCAGGGCCCGUACUUGCAUUUGUUCAGCGCAGGGCGCUAAAUGUUUCCAGAUCAGUGCAAUCGUGUUCCCUGGGACAUUUUUCUGCUUUAUGUCCGAUUUCAUGGAAUUCAGCUGACUGACCUUGGCAUCGAUCGCCAAGUUCA